AUGGAGUCUGAAUUCAUCGAGCUAUUCAAAAGUUUCAUCGAGUCUUACCGAACAUCACAAGAUAAGGAUAUUGCAGAGAUUAUUACAAAACUCCCAUAUGAGGACCAUCAAAGGAUUAUUUUGAAUAUAAACGACAUGCGGGCGUUUGAUAAAACACUGUCGAAAGGGAUUAUGGAGGAGCCUGCAACCCUGAUUCCAUUUGCUGAGGACGAACUGAGCGAUAUUGGAGGAAGAAAAAUAUUCCUUGGUGUUAAAGGUUCUUUUGGAGAAUAUACUCUCAACCCCAGGACGCUAUCAAGUGUAUAUAUAGGAAAGAUGGUUUGCAUUGAGGGGAUAGUAACAUCCUGUUCCAUAUGUAGGCCCAAAGUGAUGAGAAGUGUGCAUUACAACCCAUCAAAGAAUGUAUUUUAUUCGAAGGAGUACAGAGAUGCCACUAUGGUAACAAAGCUUCCUGUUACCAACACGGUGUACCCAACAAGAGAUGUGGAUGGAACUCUUCUAAUGACUGAGUUUGGGCUUUCUGAAUACUUUGACUAUCAAACCGUUAUCUUACAGGAGAUGCCUGAAAAGGCACCACCGGGGCAGCUUCCAAGGUCGGUAGAGGUUGUACUGACCUUUGAUCUGGUUGACAAGCUCAAACCUGGAGACAGGGCAAAAGUCUAUGGGAUAUACAAGAGUCUCUGUUUUGGAAACCAGCAAUUUCCCUCUCGGUUCAAGACGGUGGUGAUUGCAAACAACAUAGAAAAAACCAAGGAGGAGGAAGAGUGUAAGGUUGUUUCAGAAAUUGAGUUUGAGAAGUUAUCUCGGAUGAAAAAUAUUCAUCAUUCGAUAGCACCUAGCAUAUUUGGACACGACAUUAUUAAGAAGUGUAUAGCCUUACUUUUGGUUGGAGGAAACGAAGUAAUAAUGAGGAAUGGGAGCAAGAUCCGUGGCGACAUAAAUAUUUUGCUUGUAGGCGAUCCGUCUACUGCAAAGAGUCAGUUACUCAGGUAUGUUCUCAAUGCGGCACAGCUAUCUGUUGCAACAACUGGAAAGGGAUCCAGCGGGGUUGGAUUGACAGCAGCAGUAGUUCUAGAUAGAGACACAGGAGAGAAAAGACUAGAAGCUGGGGCAAUGGUACUAGCGGAUAGAGGAGUAGUAUGUAUUGAUGAGUUUGACAAAAUGAGUGAUGGAGAUAGGGUUGCCAUUCACGAAGUGAUGGAACAGCAAACAGUGACAAUAGCGAAAGCAGGGAUUCAUACUACGCUAAAUGCCAGAUGUUCUGUUUUAGCAGCAGCCAAUCCAGUAUGGGGGCAGUAUAAGGAGUCAAGACCCCCACAAGAUAAUGUGAGGCUCCCUGAAAGUCUGCUGACACGAUUUGACUUAAUAUUCGUGACUCUUGACAAAUCCAAUGCAGAUGUUGACCAGUUAAUUUCUGAGCAUGUACUAAGAAUGCAUAUGCUAGCACAAGGAUAUGAAGAAGAAGGGAUGGGAGUUAAGCAGGAAGUAUUCCGAGCAUAUAUACAGUAUUGUAGACAAAAGAAGCCUGCUCUUUCCAGAGAAGCAGCAGGACUUAUAUCAAAAGAGUAUACCUUGCUGAGGCAAACCAAGGAUAAAAAGGAACAGAUUGUUUCUAUCACUCCAAGAAUGCUAGAAACAAUGAUUCGCCUUGCCACUGCAAAUGCAAAGCUAAGAUUGUCUGAUGUGGUUGAAUAUGAUGAUGCGGAAUGUGCUGUGAAUUUGAUCAAGGAUUCUCUGUUCCAAAAGGUAGUCAAACCUGGAAAAAGAAUCAAGAUUGUGGCCUCGGAGGAGAAGGAUGAGUUUGAUCUGGUUGAUGAGAAGGGAACUUUGAAGCAGCAUCUAGAGGCAACGAUGAUUGAUGAAGACAAAGUCAACUUUGUAAGCCAUGCACUUUAUGAUUACAGUGCAGAUCGAAAGAAUCCUAGGGUGUUGGAGAUCAAUGACUUCAUGAAAUACCUCGGAACGGAUAUAAGUGUUACAGAGCAGGAGGUAGAAGCAGUUCUCACCGGACUGGCAGAGAAGGACCUUAUCCUGUUUGAAAACGGAAGAAUAUAUCUACUAAAUUGA